AUGAAGAACCCGAUGCUGGAAGCAGUGUCUCUCCUCCUGGAGAAGUUGCUCCUCAUCUCCAACUUCAAGCUCUUGAGCGUGUGCUCUCCUGGAGGAGGGACAGGGAGGAACCGUCCCUAUGAAAUCAGCUCUUUUCUCCGGGGCGAUGUGCUGGAGGUGUCACGGACUCAUUUUACCCACUACGGGAUCUACCUGGGGAACAACCGUGUAGCCCAUCUAAUGCCUGACAUCCUGUUGGCGCUGACCAAUGACAAGGGACGUACUCAGAAAGUGGUCUCCAAUAAGCGUCUCAUCCUCGGAGUCAUUUGCAAGGUGGCCAGCAUCCGUGUAGACACAGUAGAGGACUUUGCCUACGGAGCAGACAUCCUCGUCAAUCACCUAGACAAGACUCUCAAGAAGAAAUCAUUGCACAACGAGGAGGUGGCAUGCAGGGCUGAGCAGCAAUUAGGACUGACUCCCUACAGCCUACUGUGGAACAACUGCGAACACUUUGUGACAUACUGCAGAUAUGGUGCUCGGAUCAGUCCACAGGCUGAGAAGUUUUAUGAGACUGUGAAGAUCAUCAUUCGUGAUCAGAGAAGCUGUCUUGCUUCAGCUGUCUUGGGACUGUUGUCCAUUGUCUACACGGGCCUGGCAUCAUAUACGGCCCUUCCUGCACUCUGUAUUCCAUUCUGCUUGUGGAUGAUGUCUGGCUAG